AUGCCAGGGAUAGACCCUGAAAUAACAGUCCAUAGACUCAAUAUAAGCCCAGGGGCCAAGCCUGUUAAGCAAAGGAAGAGGCAGUUUGCGUCGAAAAGACAUGUGGUCAUUCAGGAAGAGGUUGGCGAACUGGUAAAAGCGAGGUUCAUAAGGGAAGUCCAAUACCCCGAUUGGCUCGCUAAUGUUGUCCUUGUGAAGAAGGCCAGUGGUAAAUGGAGGGUCUGCAUCGACUUCACCGAUCUCAAUAAGGCGUGCCCUAAAGACAGCUACCCGCCACCAGGAUUGACAAUCUUGUGGAUAGCACAUCCGGACAUAAGCUGGAAGAACAUCGAAGCCUAUGUUGACGACAUGGUUGUAAAGAGUAUAGAGCAGCACAUUUCUGACCUGGAGGAGGUGUUCGCCACUCUACGAAAAUAUUGGAUGAAACUCAACCUAAAAAAAUGUGUAUUCGGUGUAGCUUCGGGAAAAUUUUUGAGCUUCAUGAUCACCCAUCAGGAGAUAGAAGCCAACCCCGAUAAGAUCCAGGCUUUGGCAACAUUGGAAUCGCCCAGAACUAAGAAAAAAUGUGAAAAGGUUUUUUCGAAGCUCAAACAGACAUUGGCAUCUCCCCCAAUCCUCACUAAACCUGAGCCCGGAGAUACUUUGUUAUUAUACCUUGCCGUGUCUCAAAAUACAAUAAGCGGCAUCUUAGUAAAAGGGAUCAAUAGAGCCCAGCAACCCAUUUACUAUGUGAGUAAAGUCCUACUUGAUGCGGAAACCAGGUACACUUUGGCUGAUCAGCUGGCUUUUGCCCUAAUAGUGGCAGCACGAAAGCUUCGACAAUAUUUUCAGUCUCACCCGAUUGUUGUGCUCACCAAUCAGCCUCUGAAACACAUCCUUCAAAAGCCAGACGUCUCAGGCAAAUUACUAAAGUGGGCAAUUGAAAUUGGGGAGUUUGACAUAGAGUUCAAGCCCCGUCCGUCCAUCAAAGCCCAAGCUUUAGCGGACUUUAUCGCAAAACUCACCCCAAAGCCUCGGAGGCCAGAAGGUAGCUCUAGCACUACAACAGAUGUUUGGAAAAUUUUCGUGGAUGGAGCAUCAAACUCUUCGGGCUCGGGCGCAGAGGUCAUCAUAACGAGCCCGGACAUGCUCAUGGACAUUCAGUGUGCUUUCAAGUUUGAAUUCGAGGCAACCAACAAUGAGGCGGAGUAUGAGGCUGUCAUCAUAGCCACGGAACUUGUCAUAAAUCUCGAACUUGAAAACAUCAAAAUUUUUAGUGAUUUCCAGCUGGUGGUGGGGCAGAUUGAUGAAACGUUUGAGAAGAAAAACGAGAAAAUGAGCUUAUACUGCUUAAAAGUUCAUGAUCUCCGACGAAAAUUAAAGAGGUGUGAAAUUGUGAAGAUUACCCAGGCUGACAACUGCAAGGAAAAUGCCUUAUCAAGACUGGUAUUCAUGGGAAUAGAUGAACUUGAUAGAAUAGUACAUGUCAGAUUUGUGACUGAGCCUAGCAUCAAUACAACCGUUGGGGUCAUGGACAUUGAUCACGAGCUAUCAUGGAUGGACCCAAUUGUGGACCUCACAACAAAUGGCAAUCUUCUAGAAGACCCUCGGGCAUCAAGAAGUGUCCGGUCAAAAGCUCCAAGAUAUUGCAUUAUUAAUGGGGUCUUGUUUCGCAGAAGCCUCACACUUCCGUACAUUAGGUGCCUUAAGCAUUCGGAAUCCUCCCAAGCCCUAGAGGAAGUUCAUGAAGGAGUAUGCGGGAACCAUCAAGGAGCUCGGGCAUUAGCCUUCAAACUCAUAAGGUACGAGUAUUACUGGCCUACCAUGAAGAAAGAUGCCGUGGAAUAUGUGAAGGAAUGUGAUAAGUGCCAGAGGUUUGGCAACGUUAUCCGUUCUCCCGCAGAGGACCUCACCAACAUCAGUUGCUCAACCCUGUUUGAGCAAUGGGAAAUCGAUAUCCUCGGCCCGUUUCAAAUAACUAGAGGACAAUUGAAGUUUGUAGUUGUAGCAGUGGAGUACUUUACGAAGUGGGUUGAGGCCAAGACCUUGGUAACGAUCUCAGAGCCUAAGAUAAGAGCUUUUGUUUGGAAGUCCAUCAUAUGCAGGUUCAGGAUACCAAAGGUCCUCAUAAUUGAUAAUGGCCGGCAGUUUAACAAUAUACAAUUCAAGGAUUUCUGUUCCAACCUAGGGGUUGGCCACUGUCUGACUUCAGUUUCUCAUCCCCAAAAUAAUGGCCUAGCCAAGGAUUGCAACCGGGGAGACCCCCUUCAGGCAGCCUUAAGAAUAGCCUCUUACCAAGAUAGAAUAGCAAAGUAUUUCAAUAAAAGGGUAAGGCCGCGAAGAUUCAGAGCUGGAGAUUUGGUGUUGAGGAAGGCUGAAGCCGCUGGUCAUGCUCCGGGAAAACUCGGACCAGUUUGGGAAAGACCUUUUGAAGUCAUACGACAACUCCCAGGAGGUGCAUACAGUUUGAGGGACACUUCAGGAAGACCACUCCCGAGGUCAUGGAACGCCGAUAAAAGUAUAUUACAAGUAACCCCCUCCACCAUGUUUUAG